UCUUUCAUUCUCAUUUCAUCCCUUCUCUUUCACUUCAAUCCUUAGUAGGCCUGCCCCCAACCCACCAUCUUUUCCAUUCAUAAACUAAUAAUAAUAUCUUUUCUCUCUCCCUCCCUCUGUUUUUCAAGAAAUCCACUUGAUCUCUUCCAUCCCAAUAAUCAUCUUUUUUAUCUUCAAACCGACAUUCUUCAAUUCCCAUAAAUGAUUAUCAUCUUCUUCCUAAGUAGAUUUCAAUUGGGUUGAUUUCAAAUUCAAGAUUUACAAAGGAGUCAAUAAGCUUCUGAAUUCUGCUUUCAAGAAUCACCAUGAAUAUCCCUUGUUUCCAGAACAUUACAACGUAUACGGCCAAUAAUGCAACUCGCCAGCUACUAUACAAAACUCAUCCUUCCAAAUGACCACUUUACCCUUACUCAUCAAAAUGACUAAACUACCCUUAACACCCUCUUCCCGCCAAAUCACAAUCAUCUUCAUAAUCUCACUCGCCGGAAUCUUUUUCCGGCCAGCUUCCGGUUCAUCGUCAAACCCUGAAGUCAACGCACUGCUUGACUUCAAAAACCACUUCGAAGACCCGUUAAAUUACUUAAAAUCAUGGAAGAUCACUGAUUCCCCAUGCCAAUUUUAUGGUGUGAUCUGUAACAACGAAACGGGUCGGGUCACUGAUAUUUCACUGAAUUACAAAUCACUCACCGGAAAAAUCUCUCCGGCGAUUUCAGCUCUUCGGAAUUUAAAAUCGCUCGUGAUCCCGUCAAAUUUCAUCUCCGGCGAGCUUCCGGCGACAAUUGCCAACUGUACGGAUCUUAGAGUUUUGAAUGUGAGUUCGAAUAAUAUUACCGGUGAGGUACCCGAUCUUUCGAAGUUAAUAAAUCUGGAGAUUCUGGAUAUUUCCGAUAACUACUUCACCGGAGAGUUUCCGAAUUGGACCGGGAGUUUGACCGGGUUAACCGCACUCAGUCUUGGAGAUAAUAACUUUGAACCGAGUGGUAUACCGGAAAAUAUUGGGAAUUUGAAGAAUUUAAAUUUCCUUUAUUUAAGGGGUAGUCAAUUGACAGGAGAAAUACCCGAUUCGAUAUUUGAUUUGAAUAAUUUAGGAACGCUAGAUCUCGCCGGAAAUAAAAUUUCUGGCGAGUUUCCGGUGGGGAUCACAAGAAUGAGAAAUCUCUGGAAAAUUGAGCUGUUUGAAAACCAGUUGACCGGAGUAAUCCCGCCGGAGAUUGGUAAUCUAAACCUGUUACAAGAAUUCGAUAUUUCGAAGAACGAAAUGCAUGGAGAGUUUCCGGUGGAGAUGGGGAAUUUGCAGAAUUUGACUGUGUUUCAAUGUAAUACGAAUUAUUUCUCCGGUGAACUUCCGGUGGGAUUCGGAGAUAUGAAAUAUCUAAAGGGGUUUUCAAUUUACCGGAAUAAUUUCUCCGGUGAGUUCCCGGAGAAUUUCGCGAAGUUUGCUCCGUUGGUUGAAAUCGAUAUAUCGGAAAAUAAAUUCUCCGGUGGGUUACCGGAGUUUUUAUGUGCAUCCGGGAAGCUUCAGAAACUGUUGGCUGUUGAUAAUAAUUUUUCCGGUGAGCUGCCGGAAAGUUAUGGUAAAUGUAAGUCUUUAUUGAGGUUUCGAGUUAAUCAGAAUCAGUUAUCUGGAAAUGUUCCUGAUCAGUUAUGGGCUUUGCCUUUGGUUGAGAUGAUUGAUGUUAGUGGUAAUAACUUCACCGGACGAAUUUCUCCGGUCAUCGGAGUUUCCAUCAGUUUGACACAGUUGUUACUGUUCAACAAUGGGUUUUCGGGUUCAGUUCCAGCCGAAAUCGGGGAAUUAACACGCCUUGAAAAGGUUGAUUUGUCGAAUAACAAGUUUUCCGGUGAAAUUCCAUUGCAAAUUCGGGAUCUAAAGCAGUUAUCUUACUUGCAUCUUGAGCAUAACUUGUUUUCGGGUUCGAUUCCGGUUGAGAUUGGUGAAUGUGAGAAGCUGGUUGAUUUGAAUUUGGCGGGAAAUGUUUUAACCGGAAACAUUCCCUCCAGUUUGGCGGGUGUUUCGUCGCUAAAUGCGCUUAACUUGUCGCAAAAUCAGUUGACGGGUGGGAUCCCGGAUAAGCUCAGGCGGUUAAGGUUAAGCUCGAUUGAUCUUUCGGUUAAUCAGUUGUCUGGAAGCGUUCCGUCUGAUCUUUUAAGCAUAGGAGGGGAUGCUGCAUUCGCCGGUAACGAUAAGCUUUGCGCGAAAGAGGAUUUGGGGCGGAGAGUGAGUUCAGGAUUGGACAUUUGUGACGGUACACAUCACCGUCGCGAAAUCGACAAAAGCAAACUACUUUUGUUUUGUAUCUUGCUCUUUAGUUUGAUGGUAGUGUUAGGAGGGUUAGUGUAUGCUAGUUACAAGAACCUUCAGACGCGUCGCGAAAAGGGCGACACCAAACACGGGUUUGAUGAGGAGAAAGGGACUGGAAACCCGAAAUGGAAACUCGAAAAUUUCCAUCAGAUCGAAUUCGAUGUGGAUGAACUAUGCAAUUUGGAUGAAGGGAAGUUGAUUGGAGUUGGAGGUACUGGGAAAGUGUACCGGGUCGAAUCGAAAAGGUCCGGGCUAACGGUCGCGGUUAAGCAGAUCGGGAAGGGGAACAAGCUGCAAGUUAUGACAGCCGAAAUCGGGAUCCUUGGGAAGAUUCGUCAUCGCAAUAUACUGAAACUUUACGCUUGUUUGAUGAAAGGGAAUUCGAGCUUUUUGGUUUUCGAGCAUAUGGUUAAUGGGAACCUAUACGAGGCGUUGGGUCGAGUUGUGAAGAACGAGCAGCCCGAGUUAGAUUGGGUUCAAAGGUACAAGAUCGCAUGCGGGGCUGCAAAAGGGAUUGCUUACUUGCACCAUGAUUGUACUCCUGCUAUUUUGCAUCGCGAUAUCAAGUCGAGUAACAUUUUGCUCGAUAAAGAUUUUGAGGCAAAGAUUGCCGAUUUUGGGGUGGCGAGGAUCGCGGACGAGGAAUUCUUAGGGUCGGACUCCAACUGUUUCGUGGGCACUCAUGGUUAUAUCGCCCCCGAGUUGGCAUACACGCUAAAAGUGACUGAAAAGAGCGAUGUUUACAGUUUUGGAGUGGUGUUACUAGAACUGGUGACGGGAAAAAGAGCGAUAGAGGAGGAGUACGGUGAAGGAAAGGACAUAGUGUAUUGGGCCUUGUCCAACCUUAACAACAGUGAAAACAUCCUUAAACUUCUCGAUCCUAAGUUAAUCUCCGACGAAACAAAUGAUUUAGCCGAUGACAUGAAAAGGGUGUUGAAGAUUGCUUUGCUUUGCACCACGAAGCUUCCGAAUCUAAGGCCGAGCAUGAGGGAGGUUGUCAAGAUGCUCACCGAUGCGGAACCUUACAACUGUUUAAGCCCGAGAGACGAUCGCGACAAGUUUGGAAAGGGUUUGGUCUAAUGGUAUAUCUCUAUGAACUAUUGAAACUGGCGAGUCUUAGUGCAACUAGACAUUUUCACGGUUAUGUAAGUUUGUAUUAUAUUUGAAUUAAACCCAAUUGUAUGAUAAGAUAUGUGAUAGUGUUUGUGGUACUCUUUAAUAUAUAAAAAAAGUUGAACAACUAAUAAAUCUAUCUUUAUUAUUA